UUUGCUUGCAGAAGGUUUCCCAGAAAGCUACUGGUGCAUUACAUAAUCCAGCUUGUCUGGGAAGUUCUUCUGCAGCCAAUCCAUGGAUACCAAGACCAACCCAAUUAAGUUGAUGUUUUCCCUUUUCUUCUUGUGCCUAUAUCUCAAUAUCCCUAUCUCUCUCGCAGCUGGCACCAUCACUGCAAACCAAUCUAUCUCUGGUGGUGAAACCACUGUUUCAGCAGGUGGAGUUUUUAAAUUGGGUUUCUUCAAACCAGGUAAUAGUUCAAAAUUCUACAUAGGCAUAUGGUACAAGCAAGUAUCACAGCAAACCAUAGUCUGGGUGGCAAAUAGGGAACAACCGGUCUUUGAUAGAUUUUCCUCACUAUUGAAGAUCUCAGAUGGUAAUUUAGUACUCUAUAAUGAGUCCAACACUCCAAUUUGGUCUACAGAUGUGGCCUCCAACAUCACCUUAGGUAGUUCUACACGAGCAAUUCUUUUAGAUGACGGAAACCUUGUCUUAAGACCUGAGUCUGGUUCCUCCCAGCCUUUAUGGCAAAGCUUUGACCAUCCAACCCAUACUUUUCUACCAGGAAGUAAAAUUGGAUUCAACAGAGUUACCAAACAAACCCAGAUGCUUACUUCAUGGACAAAUUUAGAGGAUCCUUCACCGGGUCAAUUUUCUCUUGAGCUAGACCCAACGAGCAACUCAGAGCAAGUCCACUGGUUUGCUCUUGACUGGGCAUAGUCAAGAAAAAUCUGACUAUAUGACCUUGAGAUAGAUUAUGAUGCUUCCACCGGUGAUUUUUUGACUGGGGUGGGUUUUGCCUUUCUUGACUACAGCCAAGAAAUAAGUCACAACCAUGACUAUUUUCAUGACCGAUCAAGCCCAGAUGCCAGCUAGGCCCAGGCCUGAUCGUGGCUGACGUCAUGAGUGCAUGCAGAAGUGGACGACGCGCCUUGGGAGGGAGUGGAGCUCCAGGCAUC